GUUUGUGCAGUUCACGUUUGUGUAGAUACGAACACAGACAAACAUUUUUGGCUCUUGUGUUGUUUCCAGUUUUGUUGUGUUCUGUUCGGUUUUCAUAUAUUUGCUUCUUUUUGAACAAUUGGUGAUCCCUAUAUUUUAUCAUUUCGGUGGACAUUUUAAUCUUUCUUUUACCGGAGGAGGGUGGGGGUGAAAUCGAGAUAGAAGACGAGAAAUUCUCGAGCAUCUUGGAAGAUUCUUGAAAAAGAAGAAGAAAAAACGAAGGACCGUUGAGCAUAAACUUGAAGAAACCUAAGGACUUUUGUAGGACAGAGGAGAUGAAAGUCUUAUCCUAUGCAUCUUGAAGAGUCUCACUCACGUUUCCGAAGCAAGAAGGAUGGCAAAACUUUAUCGCAUACUUAAAGGCAUUUGUAUCUGCGCUUUCGUGGUCUCCGUCAUGACAGCAGUGACAGGUGUGUUUUUGAUCAAGAAGAAUGGUCUUUCCCAGACGACGGUCAUCGUCACAGUUAUGUCAGGCAGUGUUGCCCUAACCAUGUGCCCGAUCUUCGCCGUGAUCUGUCUGGCUUAUUCCGCUCCCGCCUCGCCGAGUGUGCCUGCCCCUUGCACGCACAGUGACCCUCCCCCCGCCUAUCGCCUUUCCUGGGGGCGAGAAUACCAGAAACACUUGCCAUCAGAGCAAGAUGGGGAAGCUGGAACGCCAUCCUCCACUGAACACUCUGAAGAACCGAAGAACAUUUGGACAACUAUGACUGUUCAGUUUUCUGGAAUGAACAGAGUGCAGUCUCCGUUGCAGGUUCCCAGAGAGCACACGUUUACGAGCGGAGGAGAAGGAGCCGCCCCAAGCACGCAUUGCAGGUGUCAUAGCGGGUCGUGUAUGUAUUCAUAUUGCAGCGAGGAAGCUGUCUGGAAACGUGGAGUGGUUCCUAGUACACCUUACGACCUCAGAGACGACCAGGGUCUUCCGAGUUACCAAGAAGCUGUCGAAGGAAUUUGAGUUUGUGCAAAUUCCUGGUCGAUAGUGGAUGCCAAACUUAAAACUUUAUACACUGCUAUCAUUGCGGUGUAUACAGUAUAACAUAAGCUAACAAGAAGCUAUUUAAAGUAUUAUUCUUAACAUGAAUUAUUACGGUAUAAUGAUCAUUAGGCGCAUAGUUAUUAUUGGGAUUUACAUUAUACAGUACUAUGCUAAUUCCUAAACAUAAUUCCAAGAUUUCUAACUACGUGUCAUUAGUAGUGCGGCGUGUACAGUAACGUAAUAGAUUCUACUCAACAGCUGUGCUCAUUAUUCUGUAUCAUUAUGCUUUGAGAUAAAAUUUCAUCAUCAGCACCCUCAGUAAUUUUCCGCGUAUAAUCCCAUUUCCGUGAUUACACGCACUGGGAAGUCAAAUGCACUGAUAACGUUAUCUAAAGCGAUAACAUUCAGAUGAUAUCCUACUUUUCUCUAUGCAGACAGAUGAUUACGUAUUUUUAACUUUUUUUUCUAUUGUUAUAGGAAAAAGGUUAUUGAGACAGCUUUAAGAUAUAAGAUGUGCCAUAUUUAUGACUUUUUUGUUACCGGAGUAAAAAUCCUAAUAAAUGUCGGUUGUUUGAUAGUAUUUAUGUGGAUGAUGUGAUAACGUAUGCCACUUUAAAUGUUUUCCCAUAUUCUCCUUUAUCAUGUUGUGUGUGUGUAUUUUUUUAUCAUUAUAUUUCUAUAUCAGUU